UUCCCUGGGAUCGUUUUCACAAAGGAGGUACGCAUCAAUGGACUAGAUAAAAAAAAAAGGUUCAAUCCACCGGAUCCUCUCUCCCAGUCCGCGAGUGGUCCCGCGACAAAAUCAUCCCCACAACACCCCCCCGAGCCCCCCCAGUCACCACCCCAAAAAUAGCCCAUCAAAAAACAAAAACCCCCAAAUCCCCAAAAUAAAACAGUUAACAAGAGAGGCGCCUGCGUUUCCUCUCGAGAAUAAAAAAAACAGAAUAAAGUGGGGGGUACAGAUUGAGGAGGGGCGCAGGCUCGAGUGAUGUUUCCCACAGACUGUAGCUCUAUCUAGACCUCAUCUCUGUACAAGUCAUCGGGAGGAAAAAAAUUGAGCCCCCAGUCCCCGAGGAAGCAGCAAAAAAAAAACAAUCGAGAACAUCUUUGAUCAAUCCAGAGGGAGAGAAAAAAAAUUUCAAAAAGCCACGGCAAACCCCGUGAAGUAGUGGAUAAAAUCCCCGAGUGCAACCGAGGACUGUCAACGAGAAGAUGGCCGCCAGUGUUGGGUGCAAGUGUUCGCCAUUGUUUAGUCUUUUAGGUUUUUAAGAGUCCGAAAAAACCACUGCCUCGAGCUCAUCGUUAUUUUUUUUUUUCAUCUCUGGACAUUUUUUUUUUCCAUUUUGUGGAGCUUUUUUUGCUCCCUCGGGGAGGACUUUUCUGGGCGAGGAGGUGCCCAGUGGGUGGUGCUUUGUGACGAGUGUUUGUGAAUUUUUUGUUAAAUAUUUUUUUGUUAAAAGAGGAUUGAAAAAUGCCGAGUGCACCGUUCAGCUCGUCGAGGAGUUACGUGAGAAGAUCGAGGAGAAAAAUUACGAAUAGAAUUCCGUUGCCCUCGAGGACGUCAUCUGCAGAGCCAUGCGACCUCCUGUGUCCCGCAUCGAAUCAAAUUCCACCUGGUGGUGGUGGGGCAGGUGGUGCACGUGGAACAUCUCCGAGUGUCUCGGGGGUAGCAGCACCUUCACCAUCGCCCAGUCAUUCUCACUCGUCUCCCUACGACCUCAGACGCAAAAGUCCACCUCAUCCAGACCCAGCCCCUGGGACAAGCUCAGCAUUACCACCACAGGGUGGCAGUAGCAUUGCAGCUGCACUCGGUUCGUUCACCCUCCCAGCGAGAAAACGACCUAGACGAACCUGUUCGAUGUCUACUGAUGGGACAAACACAAACACAGCAGCUCACUACCUCCUCUACGAGUUGCCGGACGAGGUGCUCCUGACGAUCUUCAAUUACUUCCUGGAGAUUGACCUCUGUCGGAUGUCGCAGGUGUGCAAACGCUUCCAGGCAAUAGCCAACGACACAGAGCUGUGGAAAUCCCUGUACCAGCAGGUGUACCAGUACGAUCUACCCCUGUUCAAUCCAGCCCCCUGUAAAUUCGAGUUCGUAUCCCCAGAGGACUCAGACUAUCCGAAUCCUUGGAAGGAGUCAUUCCGCCAGCUUUACCGAGGUGUUCACGUCCGUCGAGGUUUUCAGGAUUUAAAAUUCAAGGGACGCAAUCUAUCGUACUUCGACACCAUCCAGUUUGCCCUUGACUACGUCGAGGAGUACAGGAAUUCGUCAAAUUCGUCAGCCCCACACACACCCACUACACCAUCAUCGACGACAUCCACCAGUCCUAGUACACCAUCAUCAGCACCCCAGAAUCCAUCCACCUGUACAAAUCCCCAGGCAUCACCCCCGGAUGCCCCAGAAUCACCUCAACCCAUCGUUUUUCUUCACAAGGACACCUACAGAGGUGAAUUCCUGAUUAUCGACGCUGACGUCGCCCUCAUCGGUGCUGCACCCGGAAAUGUCGCUGAGUCCGUUAUACUAGAGCGUGAGACUGAAUCCACCAUGAUGUUUGUGGAGGGGGCUAAACGGGCGUAUGCAGGUCACUUAACCCUGAAGUUCACCCCAGAAGUGACGAGCACAGUGCCCCACCACAAGCACUACUGCCUUGAGAUCGGUGAAAAUUGUUCACCAACGAUUGACCACUGCAUAAUCCGUAGUUCAUCAGUUGUUGGUGCAGCUGUAUGUGUAUCAGGUGGUGGCGCCAACCCAAUCGUCAAGAACUGCGAUAUCUCUGACUGCGAGAACGUGGGUCUGUACGUGACAGAUUACGCCCAGGGAACGUACGAGGACAACGAGAUCUCGAGAAAUGCUCUAGCUGGUAUCUGGGUGAAGAACUACGCGAAUCCAAUAAUGAGACGCAAUCACAUCCACCAUGGGAGGGACGUUGGCAUUUUUACGUUCGAUAAUGGACUGGGAUAUUUCGAGGGAAAUGACAUACACAACAACAGGAUUGCUGGAUUUGAGGUGAAGGCUGGAGCUAAUCCAACAGUUGUUCAGUGUGAGAUACAUCAUGGACAGACUGGUGGUAUCUACGUUCAUGAGAAUGGAUUGGGCCAGUUUAUCGACAACAAGAUCCACUCGAAUAAUUUCGCUGGUGUCUGGAUCACCUCUAACUCCAAUCCAACCAUCAGGCGGAAUGAGAUUUAUAAUGGGCAUCAGGGUGGGGUCUACAUCUUUGGAGAAGGAAGGGGACUCAUUGAGCAUAAUAAUAUCUAUGGAAAUGCUCUCGCUGGAAUUCAGAUCAGAACCAACUCUGAUCCCAUCGUCAGACAUAAUAAGAUCCAUCAUGGGCAGCAUGGGGGAAUUUAUGUUCACGAGAAGGGACAGGGACUCAUCGAGGAGAACGAGGUCUAUGCUAAUACCUUGGCUGGGGUGUGGAUCACCACUGGAUCGACCCCAAUUCUGAGGAGGAAUAGAAUUCACAGUGGAAAACAAGUUGGAGUUUAUUUUUACGACAAUGGACAUGGAAAACUAGAAGACAAUGACAUAUUUAAUCACUUGUACUCCGGUGUGCAGAUCAGAACUGGUAGCAAUCCUGUUAUCAGGGGGAAUAAAAUAUGGGGUGGGCAGAAUGGGGGAGUGCUUGUUUAUAAUAGUGGACUUGGAUUGCUUGAGCAGAACGAGAUAUUUGAUAAUGCAAUGGCUGGGGUUUGGAUUAAAACAGACAGCAAUCCCACUCUCAAGAGGAAUAAGAUUUUUGAUGGGAGAGAUGGUGGCAUUUGUAUAUUCAAUGGUGGCAAGGGGGUACUCGAGGAGAACGAUAUAUUCAGGAAUGCACAGGCUGGGGUACUCAUAUCGACGCAGAGUUAUCCAGUGCUCAGGAGGAAUAGGAUCUUUGAUGGAUUAGCUGCUGGGGUUGAGAUCACUAAUAAUGCAACUGCUACCCUCGAGUUUAAUCAGAUUUUUAAUAAUCGGUUUGGGGGACUCUGUCUGGCCACUGGGGUCAAACCUACGUCGAGAGAUAACAAAAUAUUUCAAAAUCAAGACGCAGUGGAGAAGGCAGUGGAAAAUGGCCAGUGUCUUUACAAAAUAUCAUCGUACACAUCUUUUCCAAUGCAUGACUUCUACCGCUGUCAGACGUGCAACACAACAGACAGAAAUGCGAUAUGCGUCAACUGUAUACGAACAUGUCACGCUGGGCACGAUGUCGAGUUCAUCAGGCACGACAGAUUUUUCUGCGACUGUGGGGCUGGAACAUUGUCCAACCAGUGCCAACUCCAGGGUGAACCAACUCAAGAUACAGAUACUCUGUACGAUAGUGCAGCACCCAUGGAGUCUCACACACUAAUGGUCAACUAGGAAUUAACUUAACGAGUAAAUAAAUAAAAAUCUAUUAAUCUCGAAACAACAAAUCGAACAAUCAAAAGUACCCUAGAAGGAGUCGUGCGUAAUCUCCCUGAGAUAAAAAUCGCAAGUAGAUCCAUCACUAAUGCAACAAUUUUAUUUAAUCGAUCUAUGCUUUUAACUCGAAAAAAAACAAAAUGACAAUUCGAUAGCGAAUUGAAUCACUCGUUGCAUACUAAUCAUUAUUUUAUUGAAUCGAUAGUUCCAUUUGUUAAUUAAUUUCAUUAGUUUAUCCAUCAUCAUGACGACUAGAACACUUCACCCUCACUCGUCGAAAUAACGAGGGAGUUGUCUUUUAUUAUUUUUCAAUCGAUAAGAAAUUGACAUUUUUAAUCUGUUAAUCUAUCGUGUAAGGAUUCAAUUCUCCUGUAUAAAGUAGCGAAGAUAAUUGAACAGCAUGUGAAUGGAGACUACACUGCCAUGAAGUGUAAGGAAAUACGGAAAUUAUUGGGGAAAGAGAUAAUUGAGGAGCAAAAUGGUGAAAUUUCAUAGGAGAGAUCGAACUAAAAUCGGUGAGUUUCCAUCUGCAAUAUCUCAGAAUCGGCAGAGUGAAUUUUCACGGGCAAGCCGCCAUUUUAAAGGUCUUUUUACAGCCUUCAAAAUGCCUCUAGAUUCGUCCCAAUCGCAUCAUUUCAUCUGGAUUUAUUGAAGAUUGAAAAAUAUCUAUUUAGUUCGAUCUUGUGCUACCGAAAAAUUACAUCUCCGUUAAUUACGUGAUUAUCUCGUAAACAAGUGAUUUUAACGAAAAAGUAUAGAGACUUUUUCUAUAGAGAAUUGAAUUUCCCACGAAAAAUGUAGAAUACAUUUUCCUCAAAAAUCAAUUGCCACCGAGAUAAUCUCGUAUGAACGAAAAUGUGACACGAUCAUUUUGCAGAAAGAUGCAUAAAAUUACGUAAAUCAAAGACAAUUAACCGCGACCCCUCGAUAAUUUCAUUCGUGAAAAAAAAAAAAUUGUGAUGGUCCUAAACUGCCCAAGGGCGAAGUGCAUAAUAAGACGAGAGUAAUUUAAUUAUAGUGAAGCAAAAGGAAAAAAAAAUUAGAACUAACCAAUUAAUUCCCUAAAACUACACGAUAUAAAACAGUGUAUACCAGUGUAAAAGCGCAGAAUUUGCACCAAAUGCUGAACUAUAUAAAAAUCCAGUAAUUUUCGUAAUUAAAUAAAUCACCUACGAAAGACUAAUCGCAUUGGAGAAGCUAAAAUCGAUAAAAAAAAAAGUAUAUAUAUAAAAAUGUAAUCUCGAGUUUCUACGGUAAUUCAAUUUUUUUACACUAUUAAUUUAGCAAUAAUGUACAUUCAUAACAAUGAAAUAAUUAUCUCCAGGGGUUAAUGACUGUCCACCCGUGGAAAAUCGUCGCUGAAUCGAUCCCUCGAAAUAAUUCAAUCAAUUUAAAAUGAAUGAGAUCACGAGUUGCGCCUACUAGAAUGAUUAAAUAGGCCGCAAAAAAAAAAACAAAAACAAAACAAAAAAUUAUGAAAAAUUACCCUAAAUAGUGGUGAGAUUUUUCUGGUUAUUUCGAUAUAAUUUUGUAUGCACUGACCUCAAAAAACGUAAUCCAAGUGUCAUAUUACGUAAAAAUUAACGAAUGUUACGUUAUUUUCUUAAUUAAAGGGAAUAUAUUGGAGGAUCGAGUAAUUAAAUAAUGAUGAUCCUACGCAGCUUGGAUGACGUACUCGCGUGUGAUUUCAGUUGAAUCUGUUCUGUUCAUGUUCUGUAUUAUAAAUGAAUAAUCUCUUCGGUUAAUUGAUUUAAAAAAAAAGAAACAACAAAUUCAUUCACUACAUUGUCAUAAGGAUGAAAGGGUGUUUUAGCAUAUUAUAUUUUUUUAUUUCUAUCGUUCUCAUCGGAUUGACGUAGUUAAAUGUAUGACGCAACUAGUGUAAAGAGGAUUAGGUAGUUAAGGUGAAUUUAUUAAAUGUCUUCGACUUGACUGAUUGGAUCAGUUUUUCUUCAUUUGAAAAAAAAAUUUUCUCUUUUUUUGGUGUGUCACCUGCAGCUCUCGAUCUGCAUGUAAUGAUUGAGGCAGUGAGAGGGGGAGGGAGAUCGAUGUAAUGGACUUCCGUAGGUUUUUAAUUGACGAGAGCUGCAGGAGGAAUCGACUGGUUUUCUCCUCUUUUUUCCGAACCGUUGGUUGUGUUUUAGGGGCUUGUGGCUGUUUAAAUAUAUCCAGAAUUACGUUUCAAUGAAUCAGCAUCUCCUUCCCCCCAUUCAACAGAAUAAUUAUCUCAAAUCCCUACCCUCAGUUUACCCUAGAGCAAACAAAAACGUGAACGAAAGAAAUAUAAAUGAUCAAAUCCCUAUCCAACGCUUUUCCCAGGAGAUAAUCGACGUCGAGAAACAAUUUGUAUUGAAUUUAAUUAAUGAAACGAUUAAGACUGUAACAAUUUAAUAGUAUUCUGAAGGAAAAUUGAGGCAUUGAGGAAAAUUUUGAGAGGACAAUCCCUCGAAAUAGAUUUUUUUUUUCGACGUGUCGCACGUCGCAGCCUAUCCCCUCGUAUUUAAUCGCCCAACAGUGAAAUGAAAGAAUCAAAUCGGUAGCGAGAGAUAAAGUGAGAGGAGUUGAAUUUUUUUUUGUGAAUGCCGGUUUUCCUAUGGAGUUAUUGAAUUUAGAAGAAAAUGUCAAGGGAUCUUUUUUGUGGAAAAUUUAAUGGGCUAUGGAUAAGUUCUCUAACGUUUCCGUGUGGAAUCGAUCAUUUUCGAGAUAAAUCGAUUAUAGGAAAAACGAUAAACACUGAAUUUUCGAUAAACCUGUUUUUUUUAUGAAUCGAGAUUUUCUAAAUACCGUUUGAUCUCGAAAAGUAUUGGUUUGAGAGGAAAAUGUGAAAAGACAUUUUUUAUAGAAAAUCAAAUAGACUACAAAAAAGUCCCCACUGUUUUCCGUGUAAAAUCGAUAAUUAUCGAGAUAAAUCGAUCAUUAGAAAAAAUGAUAAACAGAAUUUUUGGUGAACACUUUUUUAAUCGACAUUCGUUAAAUCCCGAUUUAUUAAAAAAACUAUUGAUUUGAGAAAGAAAUCUGAAAAGAUCUUUUCUGUAGAGAAUUUAAUUGGUUACAAAAAAGUCCCUCGUGGUUUUAA